AUGAAAAAAGCUUUACAUACAGGAUUUAAAGCCUACUAGCAGCCAUUUAAGUAUCUAUAGAAUAGAAGACUACUGUAUUUUGUAUCCAAUUAAGAGCUACUAAACUCUUAACCCGAAAACUUAGAGAAGAUGCUUCCAAAGGAUAAGAGUAUAUAUAUAGGGUUUGAUCCAACAGCUGAAAGUAUUCAUCUUGGGAAUUAUGUUGGACUUUUGACUUUAACUCAUUUCAGAUUAGCUGGAUAUAAUCCCAUAAUAGUUUUUGGAGGUGCCACUGCACUUAUAGGAGAUCCAAGUGGUAAAGUUAAUGAUAGGCAAUAGUUAUUAAAAGAAUAAGUAGAGAAUAACCUAAAGAAAUUCGAGUUGCAGUUUAGCUACUUGACAAAAAAUAUUGAUCGGUACUUGCAAUCAAAGUAAAAUGAGAUUGAAGAUUUGAGGGACAUAGGAGUGAUUAAGCCUUAUAAGUUUGUAAAUAACUAUGACUUCUACAGAGACUUGAAUCUCAUAACAUUCUUGAGAGAUAUCGGAGUGCAUUUCAGACUAAAUAAUAUGAUUGCAAAAGACUCAGUCAAAUCCAGAAUUGAUGCUAAGGAUGGAGGAGAUGGAAUGAGUUUUACUGAAUUUACUUAUUAAAUUUUCCAAGGCUAUGACUUCUUCAGACUGAGGAAAGAUCAUAAUUGCUAGAUGCAAAUUGGAGGAAGUGAUCAAUGGGGAAAUAUAUCUAGUGGAUGUGAAUUAAUCAGAAGAGUGCUAAAUGAAGAAGCUUAUGGUGCAACUAUCCAACUACUGGUGAACUCAUAGGGGUAAAAGUUUGGUAAAUCUGAAGGAAAUACAGGAGGCAUAUGGUGUGAUCCUAAGAAAACUGAGCCAUACGAUUUAUAUCAAUUCUUACUAAAUAUCUCUGAUUAGGAUGUUGAGAAUCUACUCUAUAAAUUAACUUUCCUUCCUCUGUAAUUGAUAGAUGAGACUAUGAUUGUGCAUAAUUAAGAUUAGGAAAAAAGAGUUGCUUAGAAAUUAUUAGCGUCGACAUUAUGUGAGAUUAUCCAUGGUCAAGAAGGAGUCGAUUAAGCUAUAGGUGCUACUGGCGCAUUUUUCAGGUUUAAAAUAGAAGAAAUUAUGUAAAUGAGCAAGGAUUAAUUUCAGGAAAAUUUCAAGCACACUAAAAAGAUUCAGAUACUAUUAAACGAAGGCCAAGAAAUUGAUAUGAUAAGUAUAGGUCAUCAAGCUGGUGUAAAGCAAACAAAAGCUGAUAUUCGAAGACUAAUAGAUUAAAAAGGAUUGGUAGUUAAUGGAAAGCAAAUAGAAAGCAACAAAUAAAUUAAAAAAUAAGAUCUGCUACACUAAAAAUAUUUAAUACUUAGAUCUGGUAAAAAGAAUUUUGCUCUUGUAGAAGUGGAUUACUAAUGA